UGGGACUAUCUUCUGAGUGCGGCAGUUGAAGCCAGCACCGCUGAGUGUGUUUUCCCUUUGGGGCACUUCUUAUCCAAGAGCUGAGUUUAGUUUCUUCCGAAGUGAGCCACUUCGCCCCCCUACCCUAUCCUCCUGAAUAAGAAAGCAGCCGCCAAGCAUCAGCGGAACCCAGAUGAGCCUGGGCCGCGGAGCCGCUUAGCAGUCUCCCGGGACUCAGCUCCAGAGGAACCGCAAGCAUGCAUACUGGGUUGUCGCUGCUCCUGGUUACGUUGUGCCUGACCGACAAACUUGCAGAAGCGGGAGAGAAGAAGUCCUGUGAAAAGCCAUGUGGAGGCCAAGACUGCAGUGGGGGCUAUAAAUGCUUUCCUGAGAAAGGAGUGAGAGGGACACCGGGACCAAUUGGAAUUCAAGGUCCAACAGGUCCUCAAGGAUUUACUGGCCCUAGUGGUUUAUCAGGGUUGAAAGGAGUAAGGGGCUCCCCAGGUCCUCUUGGACCAUACGGACCAAAAGGAGAUAAGGGUCCCAUGGGAGUUCCUGGCUUUCCUGGCAUCGAUGGGAUUCUGGGCCACCCUGGACAGCCAGGACCCAGAGGCCCGCCUGGCCUGGAUGGCUGUAAUGGAACUCAAGGAGCAGUUGGAUUUCCAGGCCGCGAUGGCUAUCCUGGGCUUCUUGGACCACCUGGGCUUCCUGGUCAGAAAGGAUCUAAAGGUGAACCUGUCCUUGCCCAACAUAGUUUCAAAGGAAUGAAGGGGGAUCCUGGGCUGCCUGGACUGCACGGAAUCACUGGCCCACGAGGACCACCUGGGUCUCCAGGAGCUACAGGACCCAUAGGAUCACCAGGAUUGCAAGGUUCUCCAGGCCCCCCUGGUCUACCUGGUCUUGAUGGGAAUAUGGGAUUAGGCUUCCAAGGAGAGAAAGGAGACAAGGGGGAUGUUGGCCUCCCCGGACCUGCAGGACCCCCACCAUCUACCGGAGAACUGGAGUUUAUGGGAAUCCCGAAAGGAAAGAAAGGCUCUAAGGGAGAACCAGGGUUUCAGGGUUUCCCAGGAACAAGUGGCUCUCCAGGUCUCCCGGGAUUUGGAACUGCUGGAGAAGAAGGAGAAAAGGGAAUCCCUGGUCUGCCAGGACCUAGGGGUCCCAUGGGUUCAGAAGGAGUCCCAGGCCCUCCAGGGAGUCAGGGCAAGAAGGGGUCCUCAGGUUUCCCUGGGCUUAAUGGAUUGCCAGGAAUUAAGGGCGAAAAAGGUGGCAUUGGUCUGCCAGGCCCAGAUGUUUUCGUUGAUACAGAUGGUGCUGUGAUCUCAGGUUAUCCUGGAGACCCUGGUAUGCCAGGCCUUCCAGGACUUAAAGGUGAUGAAGGCAUCCAGGGCCUGCCUGGCUCUUCUGGUACACCUGGCUUACCAGCUUUACCAGGUGUGCCAGGUGCCCUAGGUCCCCAGGGAGUUCCAGGACUGAAAGGAGACAAAGGAAACCCAGGUCAUACCACAAUUGGGGCAGCUGGCCUUCCUGGUAAAGACGGUUUGCCAGGCCUACCUGGCUUACCAGGCCUACCUGGCCCACCUGAUCCAGCAUUUGAGACAGGAACCCUACAGAACACACAGCCAGGGUUCCCUGGUCUCCAAGGAGAACGAGGUCAAAAAGGAAACCAAGGCCUCAAAGGAAUAAAAGGGGACUUGGGUUUUUGUGCUUGUGAUGGUGGUGUCUCCAACACUGGACCACCCGGGGUGCCAGGCCUGCCUGGGCCACUAGGUCGCAUAGGCCUUCCAGGCCUUAAAGGGACCAGAGGAGAUCCAGGCUCUGGGGGCGCACAGGGACCAUCAGGGGCUCCAGGUUUAUUUGGGCCUCAAGGUCCUACAGGUCCCAAAGGAGAGAAAGGGGAAUCAACCCUCAGUACAAGAUCAGGGAUGCCAGGAGAGCAGGGUGAUCCUGGUCCCCAGGGGCUCCCGGGUGAGACAGGAGCACCAGGCAAGGAUGGAAUACCAGGUUUACCAGGUCUGCCAGGACUUCCGGGAGAUGGUGGACAGGGCUUCCCAGGUGAAAAGGGGUUACCAGGACUGCCUGGUGUAAAAGGCCACAGUGGUCCACCUGGCCUCCCAGGAAUUGGGCUACCAGGAUCUCCUGGACCUCGUGGGCUUCCCGGAGACCAAGGAAUUGAUGGAUUACCAGGACAACAAGGCCUCCCUGGGCCUCCAGGUGACUGCUGCUGCAGCAAGAAAGUUGGUAAAGGAGACUUAAACACAGAGGGAGGUAUCAUCCUGCCCUGUAUUAUUCCUGGGUCGUAUGGUCCAUCAGGAUUCCCAGGAGCUCCUGGAUUCCCAGGCCCUAAAGGCGCCCGUGGCAUCCCUGGGACUCCAGGCCAGCCUGGAUUGUGUGGAUAUAAAGGAGAGCCCGGAAGUCCAGGAUCAGUUCACCUCCCUGAACUGCCAGGAUUUCCUGGACCUCGUGGGGAGAAGGGUAUGCCUGGGUUUCCUGGGCUCCCUGGAAAAGAUGGUUUGCCUGGAAAAGUUGGGAGUCGAGGUUUACCUGGUCCCAAAGGUGCUCCUGGUGACAUCGUUGGUGCUAAAAAUGGUGCUCCAGGGGAGCAAGGCCUACAGGGAUUGCCAGGAGACAGAGGAUUUCUUGGAGACUCUGGCUUUCCAGGACCCAAGGGUUUUCCUGGAAAGUUCGGCUUGUUAGGCCCCAAAGGUGAGCAGGGCAGCCCUGGAACACCGGGCCACACGGGACAGCCAGGCACCCCAGGGCGUAGUGGUCUACUGGGCAUCAAAGGCAAACCAGGGCUUCCAGGAGCACCAGGCUUUGCAGGCACUUCAGGACAUCCUGGCAAGAAAGGUCCAAAUGGCGAGACAGGUCCCCCUGCAUCAACUGGAAAGAAGGGUCUGCUUGGGCUAAAAGGCCUUCCUGGAUCUUCAGGGUUAAUUGGUUUCCUGGGGAACUCAGGCUUGCCAGGGGGCACUGGGUUGCCAGGCCUGCCAGGUCCGAAGGGUGAGAAGGGAUCUGUUGGACUGGUAGGUUUUCCAGGGGUGCCAGGUCUCCCUGGUAUUCCUGGUGCAAGCGGAUUAAAGGGAAUUCCUGGGUUAGCUGGAAAAGCGGGACCAUCUGGACAAGCUGGUAGCCCUGGUGAAAAAGGAGACAGAGGCGACCCAGGGCCAGUGGGAAUUCCCAGUCCAAGACCCCCAAUGCUGAACCUCCAAUUCAAAGGAGACAAAGGCUCAUGGGGCUCCCCAGGACCCAAUGGAUUUCCUGGACCCAGAGGUGACAAAGGAGAGACUGGCCGCCCUGGGCCACCAGGCUUGCCUGGAGCUCCUGGAUUCCCCAGCACCAUCAAGGGACUUAUUGGGAGACCAGGACUCCCUGGCUCCUCAGGAAUACGGGGCUUACCUGGCCUAAAGGGAUCCCCUGGAAUCUCGGGCUUCCCAGGAAUGCCAGGAGAAAGUGGUUCCCAGGGUCUCAGUGGAUCUCCUGGGCUCCCUGGAGCAUCUGGCCUCCCAGGUUUCAAAGGAGAUCAAGGCCAGACACUUAGACUUGCUGGUAGCCUAGGACCCAAGGGACAACCUGGGGAACCCGGUGUGGAAGGUAUGAAAGGAAAAGCUGGACUUGUUGGUGACAUAGGUUUCCCUGGAAUUAAAGGUGACAAUGGGAAAGUUGGUAUUUCUGGAGAUGUUGGGCAUCCUGGCUCCCCAGGACUUCCCGGGAUUGGAGGCGUGAGAGGAAAUCCGGGGCUUCCAGGUUCUCCUGGCCACCCAGGGACACCUGGGCCUCUGGGCCCCCCUGGCCUAAUAGGAACUAAAGGUUAUCCUGGAGCUCUUGGUUUGCACGGACUAAAUGGGCUUCCAGGAACCAAAGGAACCCAAGGAGCUCCAGGACCUAGUAUAACUGGUGUGCCAGGGCCAGCUGGCCUGCCUGGUCCCAAAGGUGAAAAAGGUUCUCCAGGAAUUAGCAACGGAGCCCCAGGGAAGCCAGGCAUGAAAGGACAAAGUGGUGGCCGAGGUUCCCCAGGUCUCCAGGGCCCUGCUGGUCCCCCCGGUGCCCCAGGCCUCUCCUUGCCCUCAGUCAUAGCAGGACAGCCUGGUGACCCUGGGCAACCAGGCCUAGACGGAGAAAGAGGCCGCCCAGGCCCCCCAGGGCCCCCAGGUCCCCCUGGACCAUCCUCGGAUCAAGGUGACCCUGGAGACACUGGCUUCCCUGGAAUUCCUGGCCCUAAAGGGCCCAAGGGAGACCAAGGAAUUCCAGGUUUCUCUGGAUUCCCUGGAGAGCUAGGACUGAAAGGCAUGAGAGGUGAGCCUGGUUUCAUGGGGACUCCAGGCAAGGUUGGGCCACCUGGAGAUCCAGGAUUUCCUGGGAUGAAGGGGAAGGCAGGGCCAAGAGGCUUUUCCGGCCCCCGGGGCGCUGCUGGCCAAACACCAAUUGCAGAAGCCAUCCAGGCUCCUCCUGGACCCAUGGGUCUACCGGGCAUCGAUGGCAUCCCUGGUUUCACAGGGGAACCUGGAGAUCAAGGCCCUGUAGGCCUACAAGGCUCCAAAGGUUUACCUGGCAUCCCUGGCAAAGAUGGCCUCAGCGGGCUUCCUGGAUCACCUGGGGCUCUUGGUGAUCCUGGUGUCCCUGGAAUGCAAGGCCCUCCAGGAUUUGAAGGACCUCCAGGGAAACAGGGCCCCUUCGGGAGGGCUGGAUUGCCUGGACAGAGCGUGAGAGUGGGCUACACCUUGGUGAAGCACAGCCAGUCAGAACAGGUGCCCCUGUGCCCCGCCGGGAUGAGCCAGCUAUGGGUGGGUUACAGCUUGCUGUUCGUGCAGGGGCAGGAGAAAGCCCACAACCAGGACUUGGGCUUUGCUGGCUCCUGCCUGCCCCGCUUCAGCACCAUGCCCUUCAUCUACUGCAACAUCAACGAAGUGUGCCACUAUGCCAGGCGCAAUGAUAAAUCCUACUGGCUCUCCACCACCGCCCCCAUCCCCAUGAUGCCUGUCGGCCAGACCCAGAUCCCCCAGUACAUCAGCCGCUGCUCUGUGUGUGAGGCGCCCUCGCAAGCCAUUGCUGUGCACAGCCAGGACAUUACCAUCCCGCAGUGCCCACUGGGCUGGCGCAGCCUCUGGAUCGGAUACUCCUUCCUCAUGCACACUGCCGCAGGUGCCGAGGGUGGAGGUCAGUCUCUGGUCUCACCUGGCUCCUGCCUAGAGGAUUUUCGUGCUACUCCUUUCAUCGAGUGCAGUGGUGCCCGGGGCACCUGCCACUACUUUGCCAACAAGUACAGUUUCUGGCUGAUGACAGUGGAGGAGAGGCAGCAGUUUCGGGAGGAACCUGUACCUGAAACACUGAAAGCUGGGCAGCUCCACCCCCAGGUCAGCCGCUGCCAGGUGUGUAUGAAAAGCCUGUAAGGUGGCACCUGCCACCCUGCCUCUUGCUUUCCCUUCCCCCACACAAUGGUCACCUCACAAACCCAAACCAUCUGAAGAAGGAAGGCAUAAGCCCGUUUGCCCAUCUGUCAAGUUAUCCAUUGGAGUCUCAUUUGGGCUGGACUACUGGACAUUGGUCACCCCAACUCUCAGUCAGGCCCCAUGGGUGAGCCUACCUGCUGAGAUCUGCUGUCCCAUUCAGUCAACCCGGUGCUACUGUUUGAUUCGGAUAUUCAUGGCUACCUCAGAGGACCUGCCAGGCCACCACUUUCUUAGACUGCUAGCUUUCCUCACUGUCUCAAUCAGAAAGCUCUUCAUACUGGCUGAUAAAUCAUUUCUUUGUGUCCACAGGUCACCACACAUUAUUUGGCUUAAACCAAAACCCAAUGUUUCCACAUUAAAAAAAAAAAAAGUUAUGGCUAAGGAUUCACGGAUGAGUCAAGUCUGCAUAGAGCAAGCCCUCACUCUUCAAGGAGGCCCACUGUAUCUAGGCAGGCAGCAGAGCUGGAAUGAGGUGCCAGCCAGUAGCAUGGGGUGAGCUUUGACUCCUUUGAGAGUGAGGGUGACUGGGCCCACAUAGCCUAGGGAGGCUUCAAGGCCAACGGCCAAGAGGGGCUCAUUAACUUCACAGUGUCCUAGACAAAUCACUUCUGCCUUGCCAGCUCCCUCCCCGCAGAGACCUGUGACUUGGCCUGGUCCAGAGUAGAGUAGAGGAUGCACCAAAUGUAGCCAGGCCCAUAAAGGGAAAUGAGAACCUCAGCACUUUCUCCCAGGCCAGGGGUAGAAGUGUGCAUGGGUAAGGAGGUGUGGAUUUUGCUUUUGACUCCGGGAACAAAAGGUAAAUCCCUUGUCCCAAUUUCUCAAAAGUCCCUGUUUACUCCAAAUGCCAUCCAGAUGUAUGCACUGUGGCAAAUCAAAGUUUCAGUGUGUUGAUUCUUUUGCAUUUUGAGGCUGUUGGAGACCUUCCCUUAAAAUGUCCAUCCAAUCGCUCCUUUACAGGUAGCCUGUUAUGCUAUUUUAAUACAUUUUUAAAACCUCAUAAAAAUCUAACACACUUGUCUCUUUAGCAAUUAGCAGACCUAAAGCAAGCCUGAGUUGACUAUAAAGUGUAUUGUAUUCUGUUUGGGGGGAUUUGUUUUAACAAUUUUCUUUAAUUAUCAGUUUCCCAGAACACUUAGCUGUGUUGACAUGAGGCAACUUCCUUCCAGACGAUUCUCUUUCCUCAAAUAUAAUGUAAACUGUGUCAACACAGACAAAACAUAAUCAGUAUAACCUGAGUUACUGUUACUUUCACCUCCUCUAUGAGUUAUAA